AUAACAAAGAUGGCGGCCGGAGCAUUUCACAGAGUAUGUUGUUCAGCUGGUUAUUGCCAAGUUUCAAGACACGUUUCAUCAUUGUUUCGGCUUCAGAUGACAAAGACAUUAGUGAAGCAUAACAAAGGAUUUCAGAUAUUUUAUCGAGGGUUUUUUGUGUCCAAAGGUUUGUGACGUUCUUUGCAUGGUAUAAAAAACAGUGAAAAAAUAAGCAAGAUAUAAUAUAAGCUUAUGUAACAACAUCACAAAUACAAGUUUAAAAAGAUCAAUACGUCUACGUUAAAAUUGGCAUUAUUACUAACCAUGAGAAUACAUAUAAAUCAAUAUAUUAGAAAUCCGGAUUAGAAAACUCAAAAGGUUUCGAAACAUUUCUACCCCCUCAACUGUUGACUGAUCCUACUUACUGUUUACAAACAUUUCUUCCGCAGUUGUCGUAUAUGAUUUUCAUAUAUUCAUAACUUCAUUUCUUUUGUUUAUAGUCACAUGUGUAUUGAAUGAAACAAAAGAAUAUUUUAUUUCAAGAACCAAUGCACUUCUGCUUGCUAAUUAAUAUCAUGGGUGACGUCUUUAUGAGUAAGGAAUAAUGGCUAAGUCAAUUCCUUCCCAACUGAACUCCUCCCUGGGGAAUUUGUUGGAUACUUGAUGGGCUGUGAGUUCCCGUAUAAGUACUUACAUUGAGAGAUUUAGAAUGAAGCUUACGACAAAUGGCAAUAUGAGAUUGUACCACAUGACCAAGUCUUCUGUUUACUUGUCGUGUGCUAUUGAUUAUUUUACACAGGAAUAAGGUGUUUCUUGUUAUGUUCAUCUGUCAGAUUUAUUUGGGACAGUUUUUAUCUGCUCACUUCUUGAUCAUUUGAGAAAGACUCAACUUGUGUCUCACAUUUGCCAUUUGCCAUAAACGUGACUCCAGAUCUCUCUGUUAUUCAAAAGUGUAUUUGUCCACAUAAAUAUUUUGUUUUGGUUAGUUUCCUUGGCCAAGUACUCAGACACAGAAUGGAAAACAAAACUUUCUCCUGAUCAAUACUGGGUCUGCAGGCAAAAAGGAACUGAGCCGGUAAGACCAAGACUAAUCCUUAUGGGUUAUUCCCAGGUGAGGUGGGGAGGUGGGGAGGUGGAGAGGCUCCGUCCCGAGGUCCAACCCCUUUCAUAUACCAUUUUUGACAGAAAAGCUAUCUCUUUUGUAUACUUUCUAUUGACAAAUGGUUUCCCUUUCACAUACCUUGUUUAAUAAUUUAUUAUUGAAUGGCUACAAUAGUAUGUGAGCUCCAACUGGCUACUAUAUAAGCCAAGAUUUUCUUGUAAUGACCAGGCAUUGCUAGCUAGGUGUUCCAAGCAUUUACAAUCUGUGUUUUUAAACAAGAAACUUGAUAGUGGACAUCCAUAUUAUGGUCAAUUGACAGCUGUCAAAAAAGGCUAUCCGCUGACCAUGUCACAUGACUGUAUCACGGGGUCAAGCAUACAACUCAUUGAGGUGACAUGUUUUUUAAAGUUAUCAGCUGACCAGUUAUUGGUUAUUUUAAUUGAUCACAGGCUCAGGUCCAAAAUUUCUCAUUGUCAAAGAAACUUUGUCUUGUGGUUUCGAUCACAUCCCCAGGGUUUUUUCGUGAACAUGACCUCAAAUGAUCUCUUAUGUGCAGAUGUUGAAAAUUACUUCCGGGAUUUUUUUAAUGUAUUCAUUUUAACAACAGCUCUAAACAGGCCAUGUAAUAAAUAACUUGUUAACCUCAUCUGUUUGGUUAUUACAGAGAAAUCUCAGACCUCGGCCUUGAUGUAUUGUCCGAGCCCCCAGUCUGAGAUUUCCCUGUAAUGACCUUACUCUUGGUUACUUACCUAGUAUUUACGUCGUUUUUGAACCUAGAUUAAUUCCCCAGACAUACUGAUGUAGUAGCUGUACUUAGACUCUAGUAUCUAUCCCAGCUGCCAUUUCUAAGUGUUUACUAUUGAUAUAAUAAAAUUCACCUAUUUGCUUCCAGCCAUGGUCUGGUGAAUAUGUUGAAUUUAAAGGCAAAGGAAAAUACAAGUGUGUUUGCUGUGGUAGUGACCUGUUUAGGUAAGCAAUCCUGGCAUCAGAUAAUAUUAUUCCCUCUAGUUAGUCAUUUAGCGUCUUAAAAAUGAUGAUUUUGCGCCAGCAAAUCCACUUAGUACUUCCUCUCCCUUACCCCUGAAAAAUCUUACAAUAUCUUUUUGGCAAAUUAAAGAUCUCUUCUGUCAAAAUUCUCUGAUGCUCCCCAAUACAGUCAGGAGAAUAAUGGCGGAUAGGAUUUAUUGUCACAGUACAUUAUCCAUUAAAGAGCUACUCCUUAAAUGUAACUUCAUACUAUAGAAGCCAGUUUAACCUGAGUUUCUUAUCUUGUUAAUGCUCCUUUACCUGAUAGUGUAAUUCUUUUCUUUGGGUACAGCUCAUCUGCAAAGUUUGAAUCUGGGACAGGAUGGCCAUCAUUUAAUGCUGCAAUAGAAACAAUUAGCUCCAACGAUGCAAGUUCUCUUCAAUUGUCAGUAGCAGAAAAAACUGACUAUAGUCACGGCAUGGUCAGAACUGAAGUUCUUUGUCGGCAGGUAAAAUGAAGAGUUCUUUCCCUACAAGGUAGUUACCCCACAAGCAAACACCUAGAGAGCUUGCUCGCUGGAUAUGGAGUGCCAUUAUUUACUCACAUUAAUACUUAUAAAAUUUUGGAGUUGCCAAUUGCAAUGUGCACUUUCUUGAUGGGGCAACGCAUUUAAAACUUGUUUUUGCAAAGAGCAGCACAGUACUAUGCAGUUUUCUUUUGUUUAAAACUGAGAAUAAUUCUGUCUUAAAAUACCGGGUAAAUACUAGUCUCUCUUUUUCUUUAAAGAUAAUCUGUCAUGUAGAUCUAUAUUAGAAGUUAUGGUCAUGUGACUUCAUAAUUUAUUCUGGGUAGAAUGUCUUAUUUUGUAGAGCACUCAAUUCAUUUGAUUGAAGAGCAUGUACUUACUUAGAUAUUAAAAACUUUCAAACUAUUUUCUUACUAAUUAUUUUUUUAUUUUACUUGACAGUGUGAUUCUCAUCUUGGUCAUGUGUUCCCAGACGGCCCUGCGCCUACUGGUCUCAGAUACUGCAUCAACAGCAUUUCACUCAAAUUUGAACCAGAAAAAAACAGUACAAGAUUAGAUACAACUUGA